CCGUAAAUUUCCUCUUUCGAUUUCGUAAACAAAUGUGAACGGACGUGAAGUGCCAAGUGCUCGAGUAGACACGUUUAGGUAUCUUUUGUAUUGAUACAUAGCUAAGUGAUAUAAACUAAAUGAGUUUAUAGUGCUGGUGUUAGGUUAGGAUAAUUCCUCUAGUGUUUAUUCUUUUUACUAAUUAUUCAGUUUAAGAAUAAUGCAACACGAAAGCGACGAUCCCAUGCUCCCACAGCACAGCAAAAAUGGCGACCAUGACUUCCCCUUACAGGACCCCGAACACCCUGUUCCUAUCCCCGUGGACUGCACAGGUAUCGUAGACCAAGUCGUAUCCAUCGUAUCCGAGCGACAAAAGGCCGAACUAAGUCGAAUACACGACACACUGGCCAGCAUGAACACCUUUAUGGCAAGACUUAGCCACCUGACAGACCCUAUUGUCCCAGAGGGGACCCGGUCUAGUCUUAAUCCUAGCCCCAAUGUUCCAGAUGGAACUCUGGCUAGCAAAUCCAGUACCCAACAGGAGGAAGAAAGAAUAUCUAUCACUGGUUCAAACCUCUGGUUUAGAUCCACGCGCUCAGAAUCGCCUUCUUCCAAAGAUGAAGCACCAGAGCAUUCUAAAAAGGGUACCAAAGAGCCAGCCCAAGAGUACUGGCAACAGUCCACUGAUGACUAUGAAGAGGACAGCAAGGCCUCGGGACCAGAGGUCACGUCAUCAGUGGCAUGUGCUGCCAAAGUGUUUUGGCAAAAAAGGCUCAAGGGUGAUGUUCUCAAGCGGAAGUUAGAAACGGCAGCAAUUCCAUCAAACUGCAACUUUCUACUCCCAAAGAGAACAAACACCGAAAUUUGGAAAACACUUUCCAAUUUUCACAGGUCCACUGACGUUAAGAUGCAGGACAUCCAAAACAUGCACUCAGCGUCGGUUGCUAUGCUUCUGAAAGCUUCAUCUACGUUGGUGGAGAAAUCCGGUGAUGCCAACGCAGACACAAAGGGUCCGUUAAACGACCUUAAGGACGCCAUGACCCUCGCUGGUAAGACCUCCCAGCUGCUAAAUCAGGUCAGGCGAGACUUAAUUAAGCCUUCCUUGCCAAAAGAGUACGUAGCCUUAGCUACAGAAGUGGAAGAGGAUUCCGAAUGGCUGUUUGGUUCCUCCGUCUGCGAAAGGCUUGAGAAGCUGAAAAAGGAGAACCAGCUCAAAUCACUCCUGGAAAGAGGCCAAAAAAGAAGAUUCGAGCCUUCAUCAAACAAAGGGCCCUCUUACAAGCCCCAAAAGAGGGCCAACUACCACAAUGGGCAAUCCCAAUCAAAGAAACCGUACCGCAGCCACAACAGCAACUUUUCCAAGCACACCAACAGGAAAAAUUAAUCCCUGAGGCUUGGCUGGCAUCGAUAUUAAGACGUUCAGCACCCACUCUACAAGGAGUGCGUCUACCAGCAAGGCAGAGGACAUAGGCGUACCUAUGAAGACAAUCGCAAAGGCGGCAGGCUGGAGAGGCACUAGCACGUUUGCAAAA